UGCUGAUCCUAACUACCGAAGGGCUUUAACAGUGAAAAGGAAACCAAUCGAUUUGUGGAAGUUUGCUUAGCGGGCAUUGAACGUUGGACAAUGCGGUUACCUUCAAUUUGUCGCUACUACGUCGACUUGUUUCGGACGGCGUGUAUAUAUUUCAAUGUCACCACCAAAUCACCGGAUACAACAAUAAAGAGCUUAUCAAUUGCCAAUUUAUCAAGGCUUGAAAGGUGUCAGCUAAAUGGGUUCACUCUUUUCAAGACGCAAAAAUCGGUCCAGAAUAACGGAACAAGACAAAGCCAUUUUAAGGUUGAAGAGGCAACGUGACAAACUCAAUCAGAUAUCCAAUAAGCUAGAUAACCAAAUAGAAAAUGAAAAAGUUCUUGCCAAGGAACUUAUUAGGCAAGGUAAAAAGGAGCGGGCUCUGCUGCUGCUGAAAAAGAAGAGAUAUCUUGAAAACCUCAUACAUAAAACUGGUAUUCAACUAUCAAACAUCGAACAACUUGUCAAUGACAUCGAAUUUGCUCAAAUAGAAGUGGAUGUUUUAGAUGGGUUAAAGUGCGGGAAUAAGGCUCUUCAGGAUAUCCGAAAGGUAAUGUCGUUAGAUGAUGCCGAACGGAUUAUGUCAGAAGCUCAUGAUGCUGUGGAAUAUCAACGUGUAAGCUCGCAUAAAUCAACAAACAUUUAUGUGGUUGUUUUGUUUCAAUAUCAGGCCGUUGUGUGAAGUGUUUAUGUUGUUACGUCUAGGUACUCAGGAUGUUUGUCAUAAAUAAGUGUGUAGUCUACUGUAUACAUUUCCAAUAUGUGAUUCAAGAAAUCAAUAUCGACUGUGAGUAACAUUUCUUUUGAAGGAUCUUGGAUUGUUAGUGGUUUUACUUUACUGCUAAGGUACUACAGAAGAAUUACAACAGAUCUUGAGAACUUGCGAAGUUGGGACUUCCUUUGUAGAAAGCUAAGAGAUGCUUUAGUUAAAAUAAGUGAUAAGAUCCCGUUUACACCUACACAAAGUGAUCGUGAUGCAUUCUUCAUUGGAGAGUCUUGCCCAUGAGAUCUCGACUUGUGCUAAUGAACACGAGUUAGAUGAUAUCGUUUCUGGCGGUCUGUCCUCUAAUGAUUACCACGAGAUUGAGUGUGAAUUAACUCGUCUCAUAGAACCUGAAGUUAUCGAUCUCCCACGUGUGCCUGAUCAUCCCAUAGAUCAGUUUGAUGAAAAAAAAUCGAAAGAUCCUGCACGCAGAGAGCUAAACAGAGAAGCAUUAGCAGUUGGGAGUUAAAUUGAAAAUAUCAUUAAAUUAUCUGGUAGGAAUACAAAUGCUUUAAUUAUUGAAACUGAAAUGGAACAAAUUCUUUAUUUAUACAGUUGAAUUUACUUAUGUUACUUAUUUACAUACAAUGCUUCCCAUUGUACAGAAAUUUGUAUAGUGAUAACGUCAUUAUUACUAUUGUUAUGCUUACCCCUUUCUUGAAUCAUUCACAUAAUAUAUGCAUUAUAUUGGUGUCUUCCCUUUUGCUUUGAAAUACAGUAUGCAUCCCUAUUCAUCACUUGGUACUACUUUCAAUGUAGAUGAUUUUUUUGUGUGUAUGUAUUUUUGUUUGUGUUACACAAGUUGAUUACAUUUCAGAGUAAUGCAUGGAUUUUUAAGUAUGAAACCGAUAGAAAAGCACUGCACAACAUGACUCUGCUUAAAAAAAACGGAUAUUUUAUCUUCAUCUGUUCUUGUAAAAAACGAAAUGUAAUCUGUAGUUAUAAAUAAUUUUUCAAAAAUAGCUACAAUAAUAAUAGUAAAACUCGUGAAAGCUAGGAUACAAAGUUAUCUUAAAUCACGUUUAUUUACUUUAUGAAUGAAUUCUGCGUUUUUGGUUGAAAAUCACAUAACCGCCCCAAAAUUGCACUUAAAACACCCAAAAUAGAUUUUGCACAACACAAGGAGGUAGACAUAGCUGACGACAUGGCGAUUUUAUUUACUUUCCGAAAAUUCAACUGUAACCAAAUACGCUUGUGUGUGUGGAUUUUAAUAUCAUUUGAUAAUUAAUUAUUAAAUAUCAUGCGUAAAUGAACUAGCGGGAAUGCAACUGAUUUUUUCACUGAAUUAUUGUAAAACUGAUGCUGGAUAUUGUACUGAAUUAAAAUCACACGAUGGUUAAUAAGUAGUAGCUGCCGUUUGCUUUUAAUCCUUAAAAUUAGCGUUCCGCAAUUAGCUCUAGGUUUAACUUUGAACUGUUUUAUUGUCGUCUAUUUAUUGGUUAAUUAGACCUGACUAACUAUUCCUUACGAAGAUGUGAUUAAAUGUCUUUUUGUAGUGGUUACGGUUAAUUAUUGAAUUGUAUAGUUUGUGUAAAAUUUCAUUCAUGUGAAUUGAGAAAGUCUCAUGGAAACAUAUGGUACUUAUAUUCUAGAUAUUGAUCGCCAUUUUAUCCCAUAAUUAGACAUUUUUUGGUAAUUCCGUUGAUCGGUUCAUGAACUCAAUUAA